AUGCCAGAAAAUAUCCAAAGAGUAAAAAAGAUUACUCUAACUGAAAAAAUCCAAGUUAAAGAAAAAAUUGACGAAGAAGAAAUAAUAAAAAUCCGGGAAAAAGUUAGUGCUGAAAUUAACCAACUUAACCAAGAAUUAGUAAGCGAGGUGGCAGAUGCCGAAAACAUAAAAAAGAUCGUUAAUGAAUUAACGGAUUUGAAAGAAGUAGAUGAGUUUAGAAAACUUUAUCUAAAAACUAUAAUUACUAAUUAUUUAGAAAGGGUUGGAGGGGAUUAUAAGGCUUUUUUGGUAAGAAAAGACAUAAUUGAAGAAGCCGAAGUUGUGGCUAUAUUGCUUCAUAAUCAACAACUUUUUAUAGAAAUUAGUUUAAAUAGACAAACAACUAAUAGUAGUAUAGCCGACGUGAUGGCGGAAAUUUAUCAGGAGAAAAAGCGGGUAAUCGACCAAUCUAUUAAUGACCUUACCUUAGUAAAAAAAGGUCUAAUUCCCAAAUUACAAUCAGAAGUAUUUUCCUUAAUAGAGAAAAUAAUAGCAUUAGAGCAAAAGUUAGAAAGUCAGUCGGCCCAAUUAACUCAAAGUGGGAUUUUUCUCCAACUUGCCAAGGAGGAAAUUGAGAGAUUAUACAAAGAGAAUGGUGAAUUAUAUGUAGAAUUAGACAAGUUUUCUGAAGCAAGAGAAAAAUUUGCUGAGUUUGAAUGGCAACUAGAAAACCAAAAAGAACAAAUUGCUUCUUUCCAAGAGCAAUUAAGAAAUAAGGACCUUGUAAUUGAGGAUAAAGAAAAAGCAAUUA